UUAUUUUCUUUUUUUUUUCCUUUCUCCUUUCCCUCCCUCUUAUCCCUUUCGUGGUGCAUUUGUCUUCAAGGAACCUGGGGUGUUCUUUUCAUCAGUUCAAUCUCUCUCUGGCACUUGAGUCCUGAUUGGCUGAAGGACUUAGGGAAAAAAAAAUCUUUCAUUAAGUAGAUAAUCUCUUCUUAGGAAGUUCUGUGGCUCCAUUUCACCAACCCCCUUUAGCUCUUACUUUAGAAUUGGUUACCCUUUGCAGAAGUUGGGAUUCAGGGGGCAUGCACCUCUUCAUCACACCAGGACCGCCGGGUGGAAAAUAACUCCAUUGCUUCCCUAAUUUUGUUGUGUUUCUUUUACUGAUUUUUUUUCUUUUUCCACCUUUUUUUUUUUUUCCUUUUUCUUUUUUGUGGUGGUACCCAAGUUUUUUUGUUGGUUUUUUUUUCUGUUUUCAUUUUUUUAUAGGAUCUCCUUUUUCUCUCUUUAUUUGGAUUUUAUGUUUCACAUGGACCCUUAUCUGGGCAUCUUAUUCCUCGCUCCCUUAUUCCAAUUCUGCUGUGCCUGGUCAGUGAAUAAUUUCCUGAUGACGGGCCCCAAGGCUUAUCUCAUCUACUCCAGCAGCGUAGCAGCCGGGGCACAGAGUGGCAUCGAGGAGUGCAAGUUCCAGUUUGCCUGGGACCGCUGGAACUGCCCUGAGAGAGCACUGCAGCUCUCCAGUCAUGGCGGGCUGCGCAGUGCAAACAGAGAAACCGCUUUUGUCCAUGCCAUCAGCUCUGCAGGUGUCAUGUACACGCUGACCCGGAACUGCAGCCUGGGGGAUUUUGACAACUGUGGCUGUGACGACUCCCGCAACGGACAGCUGGGGGGACAAGGCUGGCUGUGGGGUGGCUGCAGCGACAAUGUGGGCUUUGGGGAAGCCAUUUCCAAACAGUUUGUGGAUGCCCUGGAGACUGGACAGGAUGCCAGAGCUGCUAUGAACCUGCAUAACAACGAGGCAGGUAGAAAGGCUGUGAAAGGGACCAUGAAGCGGACCUGCAAAUGCCAUGGCGUGUCGGGGAGCUGCACAACGCAGACCUGCUGGCUACAGCUGCCCGAGUUUCGUGAGGUGGGCACUUACCUGAAGGAGAGAUACCACAAAGCCCUGAAGGUGGACUUGCUGCAGGGAGCAGGGAACAGUGCUGCCAGCCGGGGUGCCAUUGCUGAGACCUUCAGCUCCAUCUCCAAGAAGGAGCUGGUUCAUUUAGAAGACUCUCCUGACUACUGCCUAGAGAACAAGACACUGGGGCUGCUAGGCACAGAGGGCAGAGAGUGCCUGAAGAGGGGCAAAGCACUCAGCAAGUGGGAGAAGCGGAGCUGUCGGCGGUUGUGUGGGGACUGUGGGCUGGCGGUGGAGGAGAGGCGAGCUGAGAUGGUGUCCAGCUGCAACUGCAAGUUCCACUGGUGCUGCGCCGUGCGCUGUGAGCAGUGCCGCAAAAGGGUCACCAAGUACUUCUGCAUCCGCAAGGAGAAGCGGGAGCGGAGCGGGGGCGGUGGGGCCAGCCGCAAGCUCAAGAGAAAGCUCUGA